GGCAGUGCCGGGGGAGUGGGGAGAGGGUUGGCCUUUGGGGCGUCUCCCGAGCCUCAGCUUCCCCAGGGACCGAGGAUAAGAAGCCGGGGGUCUGCAGGGAGCAGCAGGGCUCGGCCAUGGCGCUCCAGGUGCUAUCCGGCCGUGCGCUGCUGCUGCUGCUGCCCCUGCUGCUCGGGCCCCAGGCCCCGCUGGCCGCUGCCGCCCGCCGCCCGGCUCUGUGGCCCCUGCCCGCGUCGGUGCAGCAGUCACCAAAUGUCCUGCACCUCACCCGCCACAGCUUCGAGAUCACUCACGGCCCCCACUCUUCCGCUGGCCCUCGUUGCUUUCUGCUGGAGGAGGCUUUCCGCCGCUAUCAUGAGUACAUUUUUGACUAUUCUGUGAGUUCAGACGAUCAUCUCAAGUCUUUUGUUGGAAAAGAGUUACAACAACUUCUUGUCACAAUUACCUCUGACUCAGAAUGUGAUGCUUACCCUAACAGCAGUUCUGAUGAAUCUUAUAAAUUGGUUGUCCAGGAGCCUGUGGCAACGCUAGAAGCUAAGAAGGUUUGGGGUGCUUUACGAGGUUUGGAGACUUUUAGCCAGUUGGUUUACAAAGAUUUUUAUGGGGCUUAUGUGGUCAACCAAUCAGAGGUGACUGACUCGCCAAGGUUUCGUUAUAGAGGAGUUUUAAUUGACACAUCCAGACACUUUCUGCCACUGAAGACUAUUCUUAAAACCCUGGAUGCCAUGGCAUUUAAUAAAUUGAAUGUUCUGCAUUGGCAUAUAGUGGAUGACCAUUCCUUCCCAUAUCAGAGUGUGACAUUUCCAGACUUAAGCAGCAAAGGAGCCUAUUCUCCUAACCAUAUUUAUACUCACACUGAUAUCAAAGCUGUGAUUGAAUAUGCUCGAUUACGAGGAAUCAGAGUUAUACCAGAAUUUGAUACUCCAGGCCAUACGGAAUCAUGGGGAAAAGGUCAGAAAGACCUCUUGACACCUUGUUAUAAAGGAUCAGAGAAGACUGAUUCUUUUGGGCCUGUAAAUCCAACUUUGAAUACAACCUAUGUGUUCAUGUCAGACUUUUUCAAAGAAAUUAGCAGAGUGUUUCCAGAAGACUACAUCCAUUUGGGAGGGGAUGAAGUAGACUUCCAUUGUUGGGAAACAAACCCAGAUGUGACCAAAUUCAUGCAGCAAAAAGGCUUUGGUAAAGAUUAUUCAAAACUUGAAUCUUACUAUAUUCAGAGGCUCAUAGAUAUUGUUUCAUCUACAAACAAAGGAUACAUGGUCUGGCAGGAAGUUUUUGAUAAUGGAGUAACGCUUAAGAAAGACACUAUAAUUGAAGUGUGGAUACAGUCUACGUAUCGUGAGGAGCUACGGAGAGUUACAGCGGCUGGGUAUGCUGCAGUCCUCGCAGCCCCUUGGUACCUAGACUAUAUUAGUUAUGGACAAGAUUGGAAGAAAUACUAUUCUGUGGAACCCCUUAAUUUUGUUGGGACUACAAAACAGAAAGACCUUGUAAUCGGUGGAACAGCUGCCUUGUGGGGAGAAUACGUGGAUGCUACUAAUCUUUCUCCCAGAUUAUGGCCUCGAGCGAGUGCGGUAGCGGAGCGUCUUUGGAGCCCCCAAAAAGUCCGAAACUUGGAUGAUGCUUACGACAGACUAACAGAACAUCGCUGCCGCAUGCUCAGACGUGGAAUUGCAGCUCAACCUCUUUUUGUUGGAUAUUGUGAAAUGUGAAGUGCCCAAAUGAAGCAGAAUGGGGAAGAAACCAUUCUAGCCCAUGUCUGUGAUCAACUUAAUUUUGAAAUUAUGUGAAGUACGAAUUUUUACGAAUAAAAUAUAUCUUUGUAAAAAUAA